CGUUAUGCGUCAGGUCUGUUGUGUUCACACUGCAGGUUUGAUGUAUUCAUACAACAAUUUUUAGAUAUGUCGAUGGUGAAAACAUUUAAACAACCAGAACAUUUUGCAUACGUGUUCUUCAAACUUUAGAUGCCCAAUGUAAAGGGCAAUGAGUCUUCUUCUCCGUCUGAUGGUGGAAAUGUAGAGGGACCCUAUGAAAACAUACCUCUGACUUCCUCUCAUGGUGUCAAGAAGACACCAGUGGUAAAUACAUCAUCCAAUCAGACACUCUUUGAAAAUGAUUCAGAUGACAAAAUCGGCCACACAACACUUUUACCAGAUGGAAGUCCUUUCAAGACCAAAUGGGAUGAGUUAGACAAAGAAAUGAAUGGCAGACAACUGGAUCCUUCAAUACCUAAUGUGAGUGAAGAAUUUAAUAAUACAUGUUCCAGAGAAGGUGCAACCAAAGAGACAGAGAAUGUGUCAUUAAAGAGUUGGGUAUCACUAGUACUUCAUUUAUUGGGCCUUCGUGUCGUCAGGAGCCAUCCAUUGAACAGGAACUUUGUGAAUUUUACAAAGAGCUUGAGGAAGUAGACAGCAGUGACAAGGUUGAUGGAGAUACCAGCAGUGAGCAGGGUCACCAUCUGUCCUACAAUCCAGAGAGGGACCCACCAAACAGGAAGGACAUUCCAGAUGAAGUAACUGAUCACAGCAGAGCCUACAGACCCUACCCAGAUCCACACGAACGCAGUGGACAUCAGUGGAAGUACGAAGAUCCAAAGAGAUGGAGAUCUCGCACACAAUAUGGUAUUGAUGGUUUUGGUCGAGGAGGACCCAUUCAAAAUUGGUAUCCACCUCCACCAUGGAUUCCCCAGGGCCCUCGUGACUCAAGGUCCCAGAACUUCCCUCCCCCACCCUCUGGAGGUCCCAUGUAUCCUCCAUUGAUUAGACCUCAGCAGAACUUCCACAGGCACACUAACAACAGCACCUGGGCCCCAUGGGAAGAGCCACAGUUGCCGUCAAAUGAAUGGCACGGUUAUGGAAGGGCUUUCUCGUCACAUGGUUAUCCUGGAUUCUCUAGAGUAUAUGAAACACCUUCAUACUGGCAGCGGUACAACCCUGAGCAACAGUAUGUUCAUGAAGAAGGUCAAUAUGAGCAUUAUAACAAUAGUUUGGUUCUCAUAUUGUUGAGGGGGAUCCCAGGGUCUGGAAAAUCCACUCUGGCUAGAGAACUCUUGUCCACUGGUCCUAAUGGAAUGAUACUGAGUACAGAUGACUACUUUUUUCAAGACAACAGAUAUGUAUACGAUCACACUUUGCUUGGGGACGCUCAUGACUGGAAUCAGAAGAGAGCUGAACGAGCAAUGUUGGAGGGCCGCUCACCUGUCAUCAUCGACAACACAAAUGUUAAAGCUUGGGAAAUGAAGCCUUACGUUGAAAUGGCUUUAGAGCACAGAUACAAAGUGGACUUCCUUGAGCCAGAUACACAAUGGAAAUAUGAUCCUGCUCAGUUAGAAAAGAGGAACAAGCAUGGGGUCCCUGGAGAAACAAUAGCAAAGAUGCUGGAUCGUUUCGAGCAGCCCAUGAAUGUUGACAUCGUGAUGAAUUCUACUGGGCCUUCCCAUAAAAGCAAAGGCAAUUAACUGAGCUCUUGUUUCUGAAAUAUUGCCAAACUUUUAGAGUUUUUUUAAAACAAGCUUUUAGAAUUAAUACUUUGUUUUGAAAUGAAAUUUAUGUAUGAUACUCAAGAGUAUGUUAAAUACUUAACAUUGUUAAUAUUUGUCAAAAACAUGUGAAUAUUUAACAACAUAACUCUCUUUGGGGGACUGACCAAUUGUAAAAGUUUGAGAAUUUGCCUGUGAAAAACCCAUAUUGACUGACCACUAAUCUGAAUAUAGGGGGGACAUGUCCACCUCAAUGUCAAUGGAGGUUACAGCCAUGAAUACACAUAUGAAUAUUUAGUAUGCAGUAUGUAAAAAUGUUGUGUUUAGAGGGAUAUAUUUUUAGCUUUAUGGACCAUUGGUAAUAUAAGACACAUUCUGUGUGGAAAAACUACAUUACACAUAAAAAGCAUUGUGGCCAACUGUACACUAGGAGCAUUCUGUGUAUUUCUAAGCAUUACCUACAUUUUCAAUAUACCAGCUCAAUGUACUAGACACUGAUCUAAUCUCAGGAUUUACAUUUUACGAAUGUAACUUAUCUGCUGGUGCUGUACAUUGUCGACAGCUUAUUUACUGAAAAAUAAGACCAACAUUUUUUUUUAUAGAAGUAAUUGCUGACUUGUAUUGGUACAAUGCAAAUAAAGCCAUUUUGAAAAAAUGCCCAUUGCAUGUAA